AUGAGAAGCACCAGAAAUGUAGCAAAGAGGAAUCUCCAAGGCCACUGGAAGCCCUGUAAGGUCUGCCUGUCAGGGCUGCUGGAAUGCGUCCAGAGUAUGGGACACUCUCCCUGGCUGGGGCCGGAGCAUGUUGGACACCUCAUCGCUCAGACUUCAAGAGUUGCAUCUGACCUGCUUCAUGGAACUGUUCUCAGAGCUUUGGGGACAAUUUACUCAUCAAAGGCCGUGUACCUUCUCUGGCCUCAGUUCUCCUCACUGCCAAAGUCUUUCCAAGAUAGCAGUCCUUCAACACCCUCAGAACAGGUCCAGAGAGGCAGCAGGGACUAA